AUGAAUUCCAGAAAUCAAACAGAUGUUUCCAAAUUCCUUCUCCUGGGAUUGACAGAGGAUCCAGAACUGCAGCCCUUCUUAUUCUUCCUCUUCCUGUCCAUAUACCUGGUCACUGUCCUGGGAAACCUGCUCAUCAUCCUGGCUGUCAACUCUGACUCCCACCUCCACACCCCCAUGUACUUCUUUCUCUCCAGUCUCUCCUUUAUUGACAUUUGUAUAAGCACAACCACCAUCCCAAAAAUGCUGGUAAAUAUCCAGGCACAGAUACAACGUAUCACUUAUACAGGCUGUCUGACCCAGAUUGGCUUUGUCCUGAUUUUUGGUGGUUUGGAAAAUUUCAUCCUUGCAGCCAUGGCCUAUGACCGCUAUGUGGCCAUUUGUCACCCCCUCAGGUACAUGGUCAUCGUGAACCCCCAGCUCUGUGUUCUGCUGAUUUUGCUCUCACUGCUCAUUAGCACUAUGGUUGGCCUGAUCCUUAGUCUGACAAUGUUGCGCUUGUCCUUCUGCAAGAAUCUGGAAAUCCCCCACUUCUUCUGUGAACUUGCUCAAGUCAUCAAGCUGGCUUGUUCUGAUACCCUCAUCAACAACAUCCUGAUAUAUUUAGCGAUUGGUGUAUUUGGUGCUAUUUCUCUCCCUGGGAUCAUUUUCUCUUAUAUUCGGAUUGUCUCCUCUGUUUUGAGAAUGCCAUCAGCAAGGGCAAAGCUUAAAGCUUUUUCCACCUGUGGGUCUCACUUGUCAGUUGUGUCCUUGUUCUAUGGGACAGUUUUUGGGGUGUACAUUAGUUCUGAGGUUACCACCUCUCCCAGGAAGACUUCAGUGGCUUCAGUUAUGUACAUUGUGGUUCCCCAAAUGAUGAACCCUUUUAUCUACAGCUUGAGAAAUAGUGACAUGAAGGGAGCCUUGAGAAAACUCAUAAAUGGGAUAACUUCCUUUUUGUGA